AUGGUGAGUGCCUCUUCGGGUGAGAUUGCUGCAUGUUUAGUUCGUGUUCCUGCUGAGAUUGUCAAGCAGAGAACACAGGCUGGUGUAUUGGGGGUGGGGAACAAGGCUAGUUCUUGGGCCAACUUCCAGUACUUGGUGCAAAACAAGUCCGGAGAAGGUGUAUUUCGGGGUCUCUACAGGGGCUGGAACACCACAAUCAUGAGAGAAAUUCCCUUCACAGUGAUCCAAUUCCCACUUUACGAAAAACUCAAGCAAGUCUGGUCCGCUUACGACAACACCGAGCUUUCGCUUUUAAAGGGAGCUAUCUGCGGAUCAAUUGCUGGAGGUGUUGCUGCUGCUGCCACCACCCCUUUGGAUGUGAUCAAGACUAGAGUCAUGCUUCAUAAAGAUAGAAUUCCAAUAUCCACUCUCGUUCGCCAAAUUCUUGCAGAAGAGGGUCCACGAGUGUUUUUGAAUGGAAUUGGUCCAAGAACAUGCUGGAUCAGUGCUGGAGGUGCCAUCUUCUUGGGCUGUUACGAGCUCGUUCAUACUAACUUGUCCACUCUUGUUGCUAAUGAGAAGGCUUUCGAGUAA